GUACCCACGAAUCACUUCCUUCCUAAAAUGGCCGCCGUACCAACAUCAGACAAACUCACGAGAUAACUUAUUUUUCUUUCCCUGUGACAACAAGUUGUAUAUCUUUCCACAAUGCCGGGCGGGGAUAAAGAAACGGACCUGACUGAGCGAGUCGAGGCCUUUUUGUCCGACUUGAAGCGUGGCGGGAGCGGCACCGGACCUCUGCGGGGCUCGGCGGAGACAGCCCGAGAAACGACCUCGUUGCUCCGUAGGAUCACGUCGCAGGCUCGCUGGAGCAGCGCAGGUGACCUCAUGGAACUGAUCCGGAAGGAGGGCAGGCGCAUGGUCGCUGCCCAACCGUCAGAGACCACUGUAGGGAACAUGAUCAGACGUGUUCUCAAAAUUAUAAGAGAGGAAUAUGCAAGGUCUCGGGGCAGCAGCGAGGAGCUCGACCAGCAGGAAUCUCUGCACAAGCUGCUGACAACGGGAGCGCUCAGCGAGGAGAACUUCCGGCAGCAUUUUGCUCCCCUCAAAGCCAACGUCAUCGAGGCCAUCAACGAGCUGUUGACGGAGCUGGACGGGACGACAGACAACAUCUCCAUGCAGGCGCUGGAGCACAUCCACUCCAACGAGGUCAUCAUGACCAUCGGCCGCUCUCGCACCGUCGAGGCCUUCCUGAAGGACGCCGCGCGCAAACGCAAGUUCCACGUCAUUGUCGCCGAGUGUGCGCCCUUCUGCCAGGGACACAAAAUGGCCACCAGUCUGUCAGAAGCUGGUAUCGAAACGACAGUGAUCGCAGAUGCCGCCAUAUUUGCGGUCAUCUCUCGCGUCAAUAAGGUGAUCGUCGGGACGCAGACGGUCCUCGCAAACGGAGGCCUGAGGGCUGUCAACGGGACGCACACGCUGGCCCUGGCGGCCAAGCACCAUUCCACGCCGCUCAUCGUUUGCACGCCCAUGUUCAAGCUCUCGCCUCAGUUCCCAAAUGAGGAGAACACCUUCCACAAAUUUGUCUCGCCGCACGAAGUUCUUCCAUUCACUGAAGGUGAGAUCCUGUCCAAGGUCAACGUGCACUGUCCCGUGUUCGACUACGUCCCGCCGGAGCUCAUCACGCUCUUCAUCUCCAACUUCGGCGGACACGCGCCCUCGUACAUCUACCGCCUCAUGAGCGAGCUCUACCAUCCCGAGGAUCACGAAUUGUAAUCGGUCCACUUAAAGAGGCGUGACACAAGUGCUCUGUUUGUGUUGUGCUUAUUUCAAUGUGUGGGCUGCCACUCUCAGACAUUUUUAAAACCAAUCUCAGAUUGACAAGAGUAACUAUCGUUUCAUUUGCAGAGAAUUGCUGUUGGUCCUCUAAAAACAAUCAAAUAAACUUGAUGAGAGGACCUCCACA